AUGGCUUACCCCAACGCGUUCGACGACCUGGUGUGGGUGCUGCUGAACCAGGGCCACUGCUACAAGGCGCGCACGGCCGUCGGCUCCAAGCGCCACCUCAGCUGCGAGCCCAACAACCUCGUCGCGCUCCACUCGCGCAAGUACACCGGUCUGGCGGCGGGCAAGACGGUGGCGAUCCGCGCGACGGGCAAGGGGCAGAACCUGGAGAUGACGAUUACGCACCCCGACAAGGCGCACAAGCCCGCCGAGGCGCGCGAGGUCAUCGUGCUCAAGAAGGACAUGCCGCAGAUCGCCAAGAACAUCACGGACCGGCUAAAGACGUACGAGCCGCGGCUGAACAAGGCGGCGCUGGCCUAUGCCAUAAAAUCUGCACAAGGCGCUGCGCCGCAGCGAGAGGGGGCAGCGCCCAAGAAGAACGACACAUGGUUGCACGGCACACUCGCCCCGCAUCCCGAUAACUUGCUGCUGCUCCCCCACUGCACGCUCACAGGCGUGGCCACGCCAGCGGGCGCCGUGCCUGCUGGCACUCUCACGCAGCGCGAGGAGGGGUCGAAGGUGACCUUGUAG